CUUGCACUUGCCCUCACUCUGAUGGAUGCUUCAGGCCAGGAUGUCUCGUGAGCUUGAGCCAACGACUACGGGAUUAGACAAGCCUCACUAAAAAAAGACGUUGCGUUCCACGCUUCAUCUUCCUUUAGCUUUUCUUCGUUUGUUUUUUUUAUGACGCUUAGCUCCUGCUCUUUCUCCUAAACUUCCAUCCUCUUCUCUCCUAGUAUUCAUAAUUGGUGACUCCUGCCUAUGCUUUGGCUGACCAAUUGCAAAACUAUCUAUCCCCUACUCCGCCAUAUUCUAUCCCGUCUUAACCCAACCUGUCUCACAACUUGAAAACCUCCAUUCAACUUAUACAACUAUUGUGAAUACGCCCAGGACCCCAAAAUAUCAAACUCAUCCUUUGAGUUAUCAGAGACACGCUCAAUCACUUAAAGACUACCCCUCUAUAUCACAUACCCAAAGCAUCAUGACCAAGCCACGCUUGAUCAUUCUAGUUCGCCACGGCCAGUCCGAAGGCAAUAGUACGUUAAUGCUCUGGCUUUUUCGUCCCUCAUUAUUCAACACAUGCUGACAAUUAUAAAGAGAACCGCGAAAUUCAUCAGACCGUUCCCGAUCACCGAGUCAAACUUACGCCAGAAGGCUGGAACCAAGCCCACGAUGCCGGACGUCGUCUCCGAAGCCUCCUCCGUCCCGACGACACCUUACAGUUCUUUACCUCUCCAUACCGCCGCACACGUGAAACAACAGAAGGAAUUCUCGAGAGCCUGACCUCGGACGAAGGCUCCCCGUCGCCCUUCCGCCGAGCUAACAUCAAGGUGUACGAAGAGCCUCGGCUACGUGAGCAGGAUUUUGGUAACUUCCAACCAUGCAGCGCUGAAAUGGAACGUAUGUGGCAAGAGAGGGCCGAUUAUGGCCACUUCUUCUACCGUAUACCUAAUGGAGAGAGCGCUGCCGAUGCUUACGAUCGUGUGAGCGGAUUCAACGAGAGCCUCUGGCGACAAUUUGGUGAAGAUGAUUUCCCCAGCGUCUGUGUACUGGUGACCCACGGACUCAUGUCCCGUGUCUUUCUCAUGAAAUGGUAUCAUUUCACUGUCGAGUACUUUGAAGAUCUCCGAAACAUCAACCACUGCGAGUUCCUCAUCAUGCGCAAGCAGGAAAACAAUAAGUACCUUCUAGAGAACAAGUUACGAACUUGGUCCGAUUUGCGGCGAGAACGCAAAGACAAAGAGGACAAGGACAAGGACAAGGACAGCUCGAAACUCCCACGCACCAAAACUUUUGUUGUUACACGCCGAUGGGGUGGAUGUCCCAAUGGCUGUGACCAUAGUCGCCACUAUGCUAAGCGUGAGGAUUUGGAGAUCAUGCGCAAAAAGGAUCAUGAGAACGGCGGGCCAGAGCCUUACGGCAAAAUUACAAACACAGACGAGAUCAUUACCAUCGUCAGCCGGAAGCAGAAGGCUCAAUUAGACUGCAUUGGUACCAAUAGUGAGAGCGCCACCUUGGGAGCUCAUGAUGAAGAUGGACCGGAGAUCGACAUUUCAUCAAACCAUGAAGGCAAAUCCGUUUCUGACCUCAACGAUACCCCCUCAGUUAUCUCUGCCAGCGAGUAUAUCCAGUCGCCAUACUUACAUAUUGGCCGCGAUGGGGGCGGCAGCUAUUCUGGUCACACAUCUGCCGCCGAGACUGACAACGACUCGUCAGAGGAUGAGAACAUAAGCUUACACCGCAUUGCCUCCUUGAACGCGCAACUAAACAGGACCGUUGGCGAAAGAAGCGAGAAGCCUUCAUACAAUCAAAAACCCCUCCUCAAAGCAGGACCCGAACAUCUAGCAUACACGAGCGAUAAGGAUAGCCCGGAUGAAUAUGCACGGACUAACCGUCUUGGUGAUGCAUCUACUGAUGCCUCUUGUGACGGUGACGCUGAACUUGUUGAGGAUUUGGAUCGCGCUGAGAAGGAGGAUCGAAGUAUUCGGGGUAGUGUGUACUGAUCAUAUUCUUACUUGGAUGGGUGCAUUCUCACUCUCUUAUGACUUGAAUUUCAUGGGAACAGCGGAUACCAGCCCGCCAAGGCGAGGCAAAUUGUUUUGAUGAUUUUCAUAUCUUUAUUCUAAUGACGAAUGAUUUUGGAACGGAUUACGGAAAAGCAAUGGAUAGAAUGACCAACUAUGCUGGCAUGGUUUUGAGAUUGAGCUAUUUGGGGGCUAUGAUAACGUUUGUGUUAGCAUAACAUCACAAAAUAACAUGUUUGUUCCUCUAUUUUCAGAUGUUCUAGUCACGCAGAAUUGUUCUUGAAAUGGUUAUAAUUUAGAUUGAUUUCUUUAUUUUUUGCCUCGUCAUGAGUAUUGUAUAACACCGUGUUGGAAAUGCCCCCCGCCGCCACCUCUUUCCCGCGGCGUCCCUCUAUCUAAGUAUAAAUGAAUAUCGAACAAUGUUGAAUAGAUUCAACCUAUCCUGCUCGUCCACUUUUCAUGCAUAACCCAUAUUCUUCGCCAAAAACAUUACCGAAAAAGAACAAAAAUGUAUAUCCUCAUUGUACCUGCCGCUCUUGGCUAUCGUGCAUUUAACCCACAUAUGGCAAAAUGAAUCAUUCAAUGAGGCCGUGGUAGCAAGACAUGAACAAUGCAAACAAAACUCCUUGACGCCAUAUCCAGUCUUCGAGCCCUCCCGAAACCCCCUCAGGUCAUUCAACCCAGGUGAGUGAAAAGUGAAACGAAACAGACAACAGGCGCCUGAAAGAUCGCCAGUACCCAUUAUAAACCCUGCGCCAAUGCGAUAGGUAACGUCCAGCAACAUGCAGAAGACAAUUUCCCUGACCGAGGCAGGAAAAUUGUUGUUGGUAUAAAAAGUCAUAUAGCCCUGAAGUAAACUAUGCCAAUAGAAAUAAGGUCAUUUGCCAGGUGCCUCGACCUAUGUCAGCCCCACUGAGCUGCGACAAGGCUUAGCUUUGGCAGCAGAAGACCAAGGUGGCCCUACAUAGAUCUGUCCGGUCUAAAAUAGAAGCUGCCAUAAGUAUCAUUAUGAACGGAGGAGGGAAAUCGUGAACAGUCGUCGAAUGUAAAAGGUUCAAAAAGAAGAAGAGGCAGAGGGGUGACUGUGCGCCAGCAUUGCUUGAGAGGAAGAGAGUGGCAAGAGUGUUGUGAUCAGAAGAACUUGGACAUAGCUCUGCUGAGGUCGAUGAAGUCGACUGGCUUCGUGACGUAGUCGCUGAAUCCCGCUGCGACACAUUUAUCCUGAACGUCUGACAUGACGUUGGCUGACAAGGCGAUGAUAGGCAUCUGGGGGAAAUUGUUGGCAACUUCCCACUGUCGAAUCUCACGGCACGCCUGGUAGCCGUCUUUUCGUGGCAUAUGUAGAUCAC